CCAUCAGUCCAGCGGGGGGCGAAGGGGAGGCGAGUCACACACCCUGAUAAAAGAGAGACACGGAGAGAAAGAGAAAAGGAGACGAGAUACGGUGGGAGUGGGCUAACCUAGAUUUGACUUGGUUUGAGAGGGACGCGGUGGUGGUGGUGGUGAUGGUGUGAUGGUGAUGGUGGUGGUGUCGUGUCAAAGGAAGGGUGUUGUCGCUGCUGCUGUUGCUUGUGACGUGCUGUGUGUGUCGCCAGAGUGUCAUCAUGGGCGUGUGUGCGUACGUUUGUCUCGUGUGUACGUCGAUGUUUUGUUAGACACUUCGCGAAUCAAUUUUAAGUGUACCAGGAAAAAACUAACUCGUGGAAAAGCGCUCAGGAAAUAUAUAUAAGGAAAAAAAAAGUCGUAUUGAACAUCUAUUUAUUUAUAUUUGUGUGUGUGUACGUUGCAUUAAAAGUACACACGCAUACACAUACAUACACGAGUGGAGAAAGGACUGCCAUACAUACACACGCACACACAUACAUACGUUCAUUAGUACGCACAUCGUUGCGUGUGCACCAAACCGACGCGUGUACACAUACCUACUUGCCUCGUACCUGCCCCCCCUCCCCCCCAAGUCAGAGGUGUACACGCCGGGCUAAUUGCCAUGUAUACGCGUGUACGUUAAGAGACGCACACAGACUGACAGACAUGAGACUUCCCCUGCACUCUGUCACAGCGUUGGCGGUGUUCGCGUGUGCCGGGUGGGCGCCCCUGGGUCUGGCACGUCACCCCGCCCCCCCUGCCCCCCGCCGCGACGCCUCCUCCAAGCGACACCCCGCCCCGUCACCCCCGCCCCCCGCCCAGGCACCCCACGGAGAGGACAACCCCGCCGCAACCCCGACCACUCUCUCGCCCCCCUCCUCGCCCCCCUCCGCCCCCACCACCCUCACUGAUGACGCCCAGAAUGAUGAUGCAACAAGUGCCUCCAAAGGUUCCAGCGGCGCCGUGGUUGGUCACGUGACUCUGCCCUCCACGAGUAUUGAACAUGUCACUCCCAGACCUAUUGAUGACGUCACUCCUAAACCUAUAGACGUCACUCCUAUGGCAAUAGAUGACGUAACCCCUAGGCCUAUAGAUGAAGUAACAACUGAACCUAUUGAUGGCGUCACUCCUAGGCCUGUAGAUGUCAGUCCUAGGCCUAUUGAUGACGUAACUCCUGAACCUAUAGAAGUAACUCUUGAACCUAUAGAUGCAGUAACUCCUAGGCCUACAGAUGACGUCACUGAAUCUAUAGACGCCAGAACAGAAGCCUUUGACUCUACCACUAUAGAUGCCAGAACCGAUGCCACUGACCUCACUAUAGAUGCAGAAACCGAAGCCACUGACCCCUCUAUAAACACCAGAACCGAUACAACAGACCCCACUAUAGAUGCCAGAACCUAUACCACCGAUCACACUAUAGAUGACGGAACCGUUACCACUGACCCCUCUAUAAACACCAGAACAGAUACAACAGACCCCACUAUAGAUGCCAGAACCUAUACCACUGAUCCCACUAUAGAUGACGGAACCGAUGCCAAUGACCCCAGCACAAUAGACACCACAACAAACACAACCACCAUCACUGACUUCAACAGCAUCCAACCCCUCAUAUCCCCCCUCCACAACAGCAUCAUAGGAGGGGGUGAGGAGGUGGUGGGUGAUGAUGGCGAUGGUGGUGGGGGGUUGGUGAAGGUGGGGGGCGAUCCGGAGCAGGAGAAGGAGGACGAGGUGGGGGAUAAGGAGCUGUACGAGGCGGUGGUGAAGAGUAUGGCGGAGUGGCACCUCAGAAGACUGGCCAAGAUGAGGCAGGGUCACCGGCAGAAGAGGGACGAGGAGGUGGUUUGCUACAAGGACCUGGGCUGCUUCAGGGACGAGGGGCCCUUUGACUACCUCGACCUGCUGCCCUCCCCGCCCGAAGAGAUCAACACCCGCUUCCUGCUGUACACGAGGGAGCGCGGGGACAAGGAGAGGGUUCUGAAGCCCCACAACAUCUCCAGCAUCCUCGACACCCACUACAACGUGUCCCGCCCCACCAAGCUGCUCAUCCACGGCUUCGGCUCCUCCUGCUACAGCGUCUGGAUCAAGGAAAUGCGGGUGGCUCUUAUGACCAUGAUGGACGUCAACAUCAUUUGUGUCAACUGGCAGAAGGGCGCCGAGGUCCCCAACUACGUGAGGGCCGCCAGCAACACGCGGCUGGUGGGGCGGCAGGUGGCGCUCUUCCUCGACACCCUCACCUCCUUCCUCAACAACUCCCUGGACGACUUUCACCUCAUCGGCUUCUCCCUCGGCGCGCACGUCUCGGGUCACGCCGGGGCGAGGCUCAAGAACCUCUCCAGGAUAUCAGGUCUGGAUCCCGCGGGGCCUCUCUUCGAAUCCUUCUCCCCCUCGGUGCGUCUGGACCACACGGACGCUCGCUUUGUUGACGUCAUCCACACCAACGCCGACUCGCUGCUCAUGGGGGGCCUCGGCGCCUUCGAGCCCAUGGGACACGUCGACUUCUACCCCAACGGCGGGAGGAUGCAGAAGGGGUGCGCCAACCUCUUCAUCGGCGGCUUCUCGGAUAUCCUGUGGCCCACGGAGGGAGACGGUCGCUACCUGUGCAAUCACCGGCGGGGCUACAAGUAUUACCUGGACUCCGUGGCGCCCGUGUGUCGCUUCCCCGCCUUCGUCUGCCGGGACUACGAGACCUUCCUGCAGGGCGACUGUUUCCCGUGCCAGGGCUGCGGCAACAUGGGCUACUUCGCGAACCAGGCGGAGGGGCGCGGCCAGCUGUACCUCGUCACCAGGGACACCGAGCCCUUCUGCGGUAGGUGGUGCUCACUAACUCUUGGUCCCGGCACUCCUUCCACCCAACCAGCCGAGCCCGUCACCACCUAUGGACGUCUUGACAUCACCUUCAUAGCGGCCGACGGCAUCAACGAAACUCUCCGCCUGACGCAGGGCGAGGACACCGCGCUGGAGGCUGGGGGCACCACGGUUCGCAUCCUGGUGCCGCACCCCGCCCUGACGGACAUCCGCGCCGUGCAGCUGCGGUACACGGCCUACCCCGGCUGGAUCUACUCCGGCUUCCAGCGCUGGGCCCUCGAUCAGCUCUCCCUCAUGGACAGCUUCGGGAAGACCAUGUCGUUCUGUCACCGCGGCACCACCCUCGUCUCCGGGAAGGCUAUGCACCUCUCCCUCCUGCCUGGGGAGUGUGACGCCGCCCAGGAGCCCCCCGCCAGCCCCAAGCCCCCCAGCACCGCCUCCUCCUCUCCCUCCUCCUCCCCCUCUUCCUCCUCCUCCUCCUCCCCCAACACUCCUGGAGCCCCCGCUCCUCCUCCGCCCCAUGAAGGACACCCCUCGCAGUCCCCUCCUCCUCGACAUCCUCCCUCACGCACUCCAGUAAAGGAGGGAGAUAACGAGGUGCUGGUGUCACCGUCCGGAGUCAACCUGACCCACCACCAGCUCGUCCCCACGCCCGUCAUGCUGCCGGCCGAACCCCACACCCUCCUGACGCCCAUGCACGCCCGCCCUGCGCUGCACGGCCCCCAGCACGACCACGAGGCACCCAACAAGGACCUCACACCCAGACCAGGCCGCCCCGAGCUAUCCCAGGCUGCUCCAGGACACCACAGCAACGGGGCACCUUCUCACUCCCAUCACAGCCUCGAGGCACCCAACAAGGACCUCACACCCAGGCCAGGACACGCUAAGAGACCACCUCCACCUCACCCAAGCAGUCAUGGAGAACCACACGUCUCCUUGAACCACCACAUCCCUCGACAUCCUAGUUAUUACCCCACGAACAUGGCUCCGAACCUUCCUCACCCGCCUGUGAAAACCCAUACCCCGAAUCUCAUCUCCAGUCACUUCCUUGUCACUUCUUAUGGGGGAUAUCCCUCGCGUGAGCCCUUCAGUUCACGUCCCUCUCCCCCUGUCCCCGCCCCUGCUGUGAGUGCGGUUCCCGGCAAGGGUUGGGUGGCCGUGACCAGAGGGGAGCCUGUCAACAUCAUCCCUGCCCCUAAUCUUGCCCAAGGACGCAUCCCUCCACCUCCCCCACCUCGUUCACCUGGUGUUGUUAAUUCUUCCCCUUCCACCACCUCCACCACCUCUGCCUCCACUACUACGGCCACUACUACUACUGCGUCUACUACCAAGAGAGUUCCUGCUACCAAAUCUACUACUACUACAGCGACUACCACAGCUGAUACGAGUACUAGCACCCCUAAUGCCAUCUCUUCCACCCCUACCACUACAGUCUUCACCACCAGCAAGAAGAACCACAAGACCUCCACGACUUCCACUACGCCAACCACACUCACCACCACGCCCUUGCCAACAAACACAACCACCACCACCUCAACUACCACUACCACCAAUGCCACUACUGUUGAAGCCUCCACCACGAAGACCCCCACUACCACGACUACCACUACGACCACCACCACCUUCAGCACCCCAACGGAAGCUGAAGAGAGGGUUUAUGUGAGCUUCGAAGUCCCGCCUAAGAGAACCGACAACGAGGAAGGAUUUGGCCACGUCUUAGGUCUUGAAGCUAUCCCUCACUCCUUGUCCCUCCCUGCCAGACCCCCUCACGGCCCUCCCCCACCGCACCCCCACCUCACCCCUCUCCUCUACACCAACAGUCUCAUCGAUGGGGAAGUGCCGGAAAGAGAAAGAGCUCGGGCCCUCUCCCUCUCCUUCCCCCUCCCUCAGUCCCUUCCCCACCCCCACCUCCAUACUCCUCCCCCCCACCGUUUCCAGCCUCCAGCCCCCGUUUAUGUUCCCCAGACGUGGGUGAGAUCCGGCCAGCAACCCCAGUCACCACAACCCCCAGUUCCUCAUUCCCUACCGACCUCGAACGCCCAGUCUCCAGACCCACACAAAGUCCUUAGACCUCAACCCCAGUUCUCUGCAAACCCCCCAGACCAGUCCCCACCACUACAAGGCCCACGCGGUCAGCUCAUAUCACCUAGAGGUCCCCAGCUACGCCCAGGUCCAGGUCCCCAGUUUGUCUCAGUCCCUAGACCCCAGCCUCAACCAUCUCAAAGUUCCCAGUCCCAAGGAGUCCCAGAUUCCGUACCCCAGCAAACCCAAGAAACCCAGGUCCGGUUUCAGCCCCAUACAUUCCGAACCCCAGAACUUAGACCCCAGUCCUCGUCAAAUCCAGGUCCUCAGAGCCCAUCAGACCCUCUUUCACAGUCCUCACGCCGAUCGGACUCUCAGCCACAAAUUUCAGCCCACGUGAGUCCCAAGACGCAUUCCCUGGCAACGUCAAAUCCCCUCCCCCAGCCCCAGCCCCGACCUCGACCCCGCCCAGCACCAAGUCCGCAACCCCAGCCAGUGUCAGCAAGACCUCAACCCCAGCGACAGCCUCAACCACAGCUUCAAGUUCAUUCCAACCCACAGUCUCAACUCCAGCCCCAGCCCCAGUCAAAGCCCAAUCAGCCCCAGCCCCAGUCAAAACCAAGUCAACCCCACUCAAAGCCCGAUCAACCCCAGUUCAAGCCACCUCCCCAGCCCCAGUCAAAGCCUCAACCCGAGUCCAAUCCAUCACCUCAGUCUCGGCCCCAAUCCAAGCCUCAACCCCAGCCAAAGCCCAGUCAACCCGAGCAGCCCCAGUCCAAGUCUCAACCCCAGUCAAAGCCAUCACCCCAGUCUCAACCCCAGUCCAAGUUACAACCCCAGUCUCCGUCCCCAUCCCCGUCCCAGUCCCCGCCACCAACCUCCUCGUCCCUGCCAUCCUCAAGGCUCCAGUCCCCGUCCCACGCCCCAAGUCCCCGUCCGCAGUCCCGGCCCCGCGCAGACUCGCAGCGGCGCCUCCAGCCUGGCCCCGUCUUCCUGUCACAGUCCCUGCAGCCCCCGGGACGCCACAGCAAGCCCAGCCCCGCCUCCCUCACCCCGCCUUCUUCUGGAGCUAAGACUCGAUCUCAACCAACUCCCCAACCUCAGCCCCAGCCACGCCCAGGCCCAGGCCCAGAGCUCCAGCCCCAGUCCUCCACUUCUUCUCUUCCCUCCCAGUCCCUGCAGGCACCCCAGGCACCCGCCAGCCCCCCGUGUACUGAUUGCCCCGCCCAUAGGGAAGACCCUCGCCCCAACUCCUCCCCUGAGUGGCUCCCACCCCCUCCCCCACCUCCACCUCCGCCCCCAUCUCAGUCUUGGACUCGCACCCUUUCGCCCCAGACAAUCGUAGGCAGGGGUCGGGCACCCCAGCCCAGUCCAUCACCUCACUGGCGGUUCCGCCCACACCCACGCCCGGACGCUGCAGCAGCCCCCAGCGCCCCUCAGCUGCACCUCUCAGCCCCCGACCCUCUGCCUCCCGAUCCCCCUGAGCAACAGCAAGACCAGCAGCAGCAGGAUGUAGAUUCGGAGACCCGGCAGCAGCCUGACGGGGCCAGAAGGGAAACUGACCCCCCGCACAGUCCCCCCAGUCCGGACAGUCCCUCAGCUCCACUCUACGAGUACGUGCAGCUGCUGCCGCCCACCUUCAGGCGCCUGCCCAGCAUAGAGCCCCAGCAACAACAGAAUCAGCAGCAGCAGCCGCAGCAGCAAGAGGCCAGGCCGCAGAGCGGUCGGGGGGGAUGGGGCAGGAGCAUGUCCGUCCCGGGGUCUGGGGGCCGCGCGGGGAUGUUCGCGCCCGUGGUGAUGCAUCUUCACGACCCCCGCCACGCGCGCUACAUCCCUCUGCGGCACCCCCGCCGCCUCCCGCCACCCACCUGAGCCGCCGCGCGUGUGUCACCCUGUUAUUUAUUGAACCCCGUCCCAGUGUGUGUGUGUGUGUGUGUGUGUGUGUGUGUGUGUGUGUGUGAGAGAGAGAGAGAGAGAGAGAGAGAGAGACCAGCUGUCAGGUCGGGUCCCAGCUGGCUGUGGCCCCGCGAAAGGCACGGCUCCGUCUUUCUCUUUCCCUCUCUCUCGUUCUCCUCUUCUCUCCGUCACCACAAGAGUGCAAGCAGAGUCCCUCCCCAAACCGACUGUCAUAUCCAUCUUGUUAUUUAUUGUUCUUGCUUUUUGCUGCCUCUGUUAUAAUUUAUAUAUCGCUCCUUCCAUUAGUAUAUGUUUUAUUAUCGACAUAGUAAUUAUUUAUGUGUGGUGUCCCCCUGCGAUAGUGUAUGCAUCAGGUUAUUGUUAUGUUCUGUUGUUCAUUAAACUUGUUCGUUGUAGAUGCAUUACUACUACUACCACUACUAUUACUACUACUACUACUACUACUACUACUAUUAUUAUUAUUGUUAUUUAUUAUCAUCACCGAGGUAGUGUUGUGUGGUUACGGGGGUAGGGGAGUAGGGGGAGGGGAGGGCAUGGGGCCAUGGUACACCCCCUGCCCCUCCUCUCCCCGCCCCUCUACCCCUUACCCUGCUCUCGCGAGGGGAGUCACGUGAUAGUAGCUGUAAACAAAACCUCUAUAGCUUUUUUAUAGGUGUUGGCGUCGACCCGAGAAGUGCAAACAAAAGAUAACACAAAAUAUAACUAGGUUUGGUGAGAACACGUACUGCCAGGAUGGACGUCAAUAAAAUUUUAUAUACUUGAA